AUACGGAUAUGGUGAUCAUGUGAUUGUCUAGGAUUAAACCGUUCGCGGAAUCAAAACAAAGAAACUGUAUAAAAAGCUCAUGGAUAAGAACCGAUCAUCAAGUUUUCUUGAAUUUUAAAUAAUGUUCGGCUUCCUUCGCAACCUCAUUGUUCUCCUCGGCCUUAUUGCUAUGGCGACUGCACAAAUCGGACUCAACACUGGACUGGGACUAGGACCUGCCGGAGGAAAUAUGUAUGGAAACGGAUAUGGAAACCAGGGAGCCUACGGAAAUGCCGGUCUCGGAGUCAACCCAGGUGUUGGAGGGGGACUGGUUGGAGGACUUUUGGGAUAAACUCGAUACGUUGUUUCUGAUAUGUAUUAAUUGUGAAUAUUUAAUAAAUGCUUUUUUCGAC